CCAUACCAGCAUCCUGAUCACCACCAUACCCCAUACCAAAUCCUGAUCACCACUAUACCCCAUGCCAGUGUCAUGAUCACUGCCAUACCCCAUACCAGCAUCCCAAUCACCAUCAUACCCCAUACCUGCACCCUGAUCACCCCCAUACCCCAUAUCAGCAUUCUGAUCACUGUCAUACCUCGCACCAGCGUUUUGAUCACUGCCAUACCAUAUACCAGCAUCCUGAUCACCACCAUACCCCAUACCAGCAUCCUGAUCACCCCUCUACCCCAUAACAGCAUCCUGGCUACUGCCAUA